AAUUUAGCCCCAACUUCCCACAUGAAAUAUAGCAUUCAUCCAGUUCUCAUCCAAUCAGAUCACUUGAAAGAGUUUCCUAGAAGUUAAAGUUUUUGGAAAAAAUGCAUAUAAUGAGAUGCACGCAUGCGUAAACGGUUGACGCUUCGUGUCUCUUGCAUCAACUACCACUUUGCAAACAUUGAAAGUACAUUGAAGUAGCAGAAGCUGACAUCCUAGACGUUUAUGAUGGGUUUUGAAACAAAACUGUUCGUAAGGAGCGUCGAUAAAAACCUAAUCUGUGCAAUAUGUCAUGGAGUAUUCAAUGACCCUUAUGGAUGCAAAGAUGGACAUUCCUUCUGUAAACAUUGUAUUACAAAAGAGCUAUUAUUAAAAAAAGAGAGGUGCCCGUUGGAUGGCAAAAGAGUGCAAGCAAAAGAUCUUGUACGUAACUUGAUCGUUUAUAAUCUGAUACAAAACUUAGAAGUCUGGUGCGAUCCGCCAGCAGGAGGAGCAGUAGAAAAGAUGAGCAAACAGGUUAGAGCGAGUUUGGGCGUGCGAAAACUUUCAGAAAGUCUUGUACAGAAAUGUGAAUGGAAAGGAGAGCUACAGUCGCUGGCAAAACACAGAGAAGAUUGUCUUUUCCAACAUGUACAAUGUCCUAAUGAAAACUGCAAGGAAACAAUACAAAGAAAAGACAUGUACGACCAUGACACGAAAUGCAAACACAAAGUGAUGAAAUGCAAUAAAUGUAGAAAGCAAUUGUUCCGACAUCAGCUCGAAGAUCACUCAGCUAAUGAAUGUCCCGAAACACUUAUCCCCUGUCCUAACAAUUGUAUGGAGCAAGAACAAAUCCAAGAGAUAAAAAG